GGGCGUGAAAGGGGCAGAGUUGAGGAGAAUCAAGAGCGGGCGGGGGAAAAGAGGAGGGGGUGGAGCCGUCAUCGCCACGUGACGACGAGCGAUGUGCGCGAGGGCUGCCGGGAAGGUUUCUGAGGCACUAGCGGGCGAAGAGGGGGGCGGUUACUCUGCUGGAGUCCGAACGACGCGCUCGGGCGGAGGGGGGAGCGGAGCCAACCUAGAUGUGAAUUACUGCAAUGAGUAAACGUAAGUCAAAGGAGACAAGCUCUGUAAAUGGAGAAUGCAUCUCACAGGUACAGAGAAUUUUACGUGAAAGAUUUUGUCACCAGUGCCCUAAUGGAAAACUGUUUGGGGUUCAACUUCAGUACAAACAUCUACUGGAGCUGCUGAAACGAACUACUAUCCAUGGAGAAAGUAACUCUGCACUCAUUAUUGGCCCCCGGGGAUCAGGAAAGACUAUGUUAUUAAAUCAUGUCUUAAAAGAGCUCAUGGAAGUAAAGCAAGUGAGAGAGAAUCUCUUGCAAGUUCAUCUAAAUGGGCUCUUACAGACAAAUGAUAAAAUAGCACUCAAGGAGAUCACGAGACAACUACAAAUGGAAAAUGUGGUUGGAGACAAAGUUUUUGGUAGUUUUGCUGAAAACCUUGCAUUUCUUCUUGAAGCUUUAAAGAAAGGUGACCGAGAUAGCAGUUGUCCAGUGCUAUUUAUACUGGAUGAAUUUGACCUCUUUGUUCAUCACAAGAACCAGACAUUACUGUAUAAUCUUUUUGAUAUAUCUCAGUCAGCACAGACUCCGGUAACAGUUAUUGGACUUACAUGUAGACAAGAUAUUCUGGAACUCCUGGAAAAGAGAGUGAAGUCAAGGUUCUCCCACCGACAGAUAUAUUUGCUGAAUUCGUUUGAUUUUAAACAAUAUCUUAAAAUAUUUAAAGAACAGUUGUCUCUACCUACAGAGUUUCUAUACAAGCCUUUCACACAGAAAUGGAAUAAGAAUGUUCAGUCUCUUUCAGAAGACAGAACAGUGCAAGAUGUGCUACGAAAUCAUUUCCACUGCAGCAAAGACCUGCGAUCACUUCACAUGCUAUUGAUGCUUGCUUUAAGUAGCAUAACAGUAUCUCACCCAUUUAUGACUGGAUCAGAUCUUCUCGAAGCAAGCAAAUUGUACAGAAUGGACUCAAAAGCAAACAUUGUACAUGGUUUGUCUGUGCUGGAAAUCUGCCUAAUUAUAGCUAUGAAACAUUUAAAUGAUGUUUAUGAAGGAGAACCAUUUAAUUUUCAAAUGGUCUAUAAUGAAUUUCAGAAGUUCAUACAACGGAAAGCACAUUCCAUGUACAACUUUGAGAAACCUGUUGUUAUGAAGGCUUUUGAACACUUGCUACAACUAGAGUUAAUAAAACCAAUAGAAGGACUGUCUGUGCGUGCUCAGAGAGAAUACCUACUAAUGAAGCUACUUUUGGACAAUAAUCAAAUAAUGGAUGCUUUGCAAGUGUAUCCAAACUGCCCAACAGAUGUGAAACAGUGGGCAACAUCCUCAUUGAGUUGGCUGUGAACUUUCUGAAGCUUAUUAAAACCACAUUAAGGUGAAAUACAAUAAGUUGGUUUGACUCGGCAUAAUUUCAGUGGAUGCUGCUCAUUCACUUGACAUUAAGAGCAUAGUUUUGUUUUGUUUUUUAAAUAUGGUGUACUUUUCUGAAGUUUUCCAUGAUAUUGAAAAUAAACUCAAUGUUUACAAUGCCUUGAUGAUUAGUUCAGGGCGUCUAAACACCUGUCUCAGAUUAAAACGUUUUCUUUCCAGUCUUCAAUUAAAAACACUUCUGUUCAUUGACAUAGUUCAGCUGGAUUUAGAUUUUCUUCAGCAAUCUGUUGUUCAGAUGUUUGGCUAGCACCAAGUGGGAUUUUUGGUUAAGCUACAGGAAAGAAACCCACUGUUUUAGAUUUGCACAUUGAUCCUAAUUCUGAGUUGAAUAAAAUUUGAAGUUGAUAUUCCCCUAUAAUAUAUACAAUCUUUUUUAUAGUUAUCAGCUCAACAAUGUAUGAAUUGUACAUCCUGUUACUGUGAUACUUGUGCUCAAGAGGGACAAAGUGAUGGAAUUUCCCAGGUAUAAAAUUUAAAAGGACUUUUCUAGUGGGAUCAGAGGCUAGUAAGGUCUGUCUUCCUUUCCACUGAGGUAGGAAAAUAGGGUGGUUUGACCUAGAACUUAAGAAAAAGCAUUUGGUGCCACAGGGUUAGUGCUUUUAUCCAUCAGUUCCAUUUUCAGUAAGACUGCUGUCUACCUUCCAUAGAAGCAAGCUGCUUGUUGGUCAGGCGGUUAAGUGUUAACGGUCAAUCCACAAUAAAUUCCCCUUAGUAUUAAGAAUGCAUACCAAUUACUCAGGUCUGAAUAUAAAAAAAGCCAAGGAUGGUCAAGUCCAGUUUCAAACUGAAAUCUGUUAAGGUGACUCAGUAUCAGAUAGCUGCUACUACCAGAGAUCUUACAGACCACUACAAUGUUUAAAUUUAAACACCCCCUAGAAAGGAUGGUAGUGAAGAGUGACUUAACAUCCCUGGUCCAGUACUACAUUAUGACCACUUUGUAUGAUUUACAGCUAUUGCUUGUGACUAUUUCUAGCUUGCAGAUACAGGGCAUAUCUAGAGAAUUAUUCCCUCCACUUUGUAAAGAUCUGUACAGUCCAUCAAGAGCUGGCUCAUUUAUGAACUCUGGCAUAAAUCCUGAAUAAUUUUAUAUCACUAUUGCUUCUAUCCUUUUGCAAGAAUCAAGAGCCACCAACUUUAAGAAAAUUCUAAAUUCUGUAGCUGUCAAGAAUCUACAGGUUUCAGAGUAGCAGCUGGGUUAGUCUGUAUUUGC